CGCGCUCGGCUCGUGAGACACUACACCGGGUGCGCGAAAGGUAGCCUAACAGCUUGCUGAACACUGAACUUCACAGCAUCAAGUGUCAUAACAGAUGUCGUGGUAAUACUAUUUACAUUCGACUAAGACUAAUGCACACAUAGACACUUGACCGCGUUUAAAUACUGGACUUAGUACUUGUUUGUGGUCAUGCUAUCACGAACCAAGUGGUAGUAGUAGGCUAACAACAACACUCGCUGUACCAAGCCAAAGUCCUUUAGCAAGCUGAAUCGAAAACAUGACUGUAGGCCUACGAGGCACAGUGUGAAGUAAACGGUUGUUGUUGAUGAUCCCAGACGUCUUGGUGGGCAGGGUAGUGCAUGCCAUGGAGUUCGGCAGAGGUAUGAAGUAGGACCAAAGUUGUUAAGCCAAUGGCAGAGAAACGUCGUGGAGUUGGUGGAAAAGGGUCGUCGCAACGGAGCCUGUCUCUGUCACGGAAGAAAAGAGGUGACAGUGCAGAUGGGGGCGGCGGUGGCGCGAAAGUAGCUACCAUCACCUCCUUCUUCAGCAAUGUGCAACCCAAAACGUUCGCGUGCCCCCUGUGUGGCGUGCUCGUGCCUCGCUUCAGGAUCAACGAACACAUCGACACUGAGUGUCGGCAGUUCCAGAAGGAGGAUAACGAGAAGGAGUCAGUGCCCGUGUCUGGUGAGACACCGAAAACGCCUCCCAGAAACCCCUCAUCACCACCUCACCAGGCGGGCCAGAAGACGCCCGACAAGCAGCCAAACAAGUCUCCUCAGGCCCACGCAGGUGACCUCAAGACCAGUCCCUACUUCAAGAAACAACAGUCUUCACAACAACAGCAUCAGCAGGAGGAAGAGGCAGAAAGGGACUCUCAGGAUGUCACACACCGAUCUGAAGUAGUCCGGCGGGUCAGCCUGUCUUCUAGGCUGUCCAGAAAGUCCCUGAAAUCCCCCCAAAAAGACAAAUCUGGACCAGUCAUCAGUGCUGACACAGGAGAUGGGGUCACCAACACAGACCUGUGUUCGUCUCAAAAAGAAAACCAAUCCACAGAUGCAAAGUGCACAUCAGGACACACCUCUGAAUGGUUUUCCACUCAGAAACAAACAGUUGCUGUCAACUCUCCUUUGGCCAGUGAGAGGGUCGUAGUGACACACUGGCCACCAGCCACUACUCAACCACAACCAUCACCGGCCACUACUCAACCACAACCAUCACCGGCCACUACUAAACCACAACCAUCUCCAGCCACAACUAAACCACAACCAUCACCGGCCACUACUAAACCACAACCAUCUCCAGCCACAACUAAAUCACAACCGUCACCAGAAAGAACUAAAUCACAACCGUCACCAGAAACAACUAAAUCACAACCGUCACCAGAAACAACUAAAUCACAGCCAUCAUCAUUUCCCAUACCUGAUAACAGUCGGAAGAGAAGGUCAACAGAAAACACAUCUGACACACACCCGCCAAAGUCCAGACUCCGCAAGAGGGCCAGACAGGAGGAGGGAGGCUCUGUGCAAUCCCCCACGACACAUCACACCUCCUCUACCACCUCAACCGAGCAUACACGCCCCCCCUGUGUUGCCAGCCUUGGACAGAAAGCCCAGACACAGACCGCCACGGUUUCAUACCGCCAUACAAACACGUCUACAGUCCAGAGUUCUGACCAGGCAGCACCCAGUGAGCGAACCUCACACAGUGAUGCAUCCUGGGAGGGUUGCAGAGCGGAGCCUGACCCUGGCAUAGAUAAGACAGAUCCUGGGAUGUCGGAGCGUAGCCUGGAUGAAGGGCCUAAAGUCUUACAAACAGGAGCAGCACCAGAGUCGUCGGACCAUCUGGAGGUUGACACUGAAGCCACGCAGAGUAACGCAGCGGGAUCGGGCGGAUCUGUCCGGAAGCCGUACUACCUUCGGAACUUCCUGUGUGUACUGGAGGCGGUGCUGGAGCAGGAGGACGACCUCCGCCUCUUCAACCAGGACGACCUGCACACCAUACGCAGCUUCCAGCAGCUCUCAGCUCUAGGCCAGAUGCUGUAUGUGAGGCUGUUUCAGAGGAGGCUGAAAUGGCUGCCGGUGGGGAAGCUGGACUACAGCGAGAUCAGCACUGAUCUGGGACCAGUUGUGGACGAGCUGCAGCAGGCGGGCCUUGUACAGGGCGAGCAUGAGCUCCAGGACCUGGGGGAGGUGCUAGAGGUGCUGCCCGCUCCGGAGCUGCGCCUGCUGGCCAAGGCUAUGCACGUCUCCGGGGCCAACAGCAGCCAGAGGCCGCAGCUGGUGGACGCGCUGCUGAAGCUCGGCAGACAGAGGGCGCUCUUCUCCAUGGGCCCAGGCACUGGCACCGUCAUCCUGAAGAGAGCAAAGCAACUCUUGGGGCAUUGCGUGCGUGUGGCAGCGUGUGGGAGAGCCGUGUUCUCUCGCCUCCUGCUCCUGUUCUCCCUGACGGACACGCUGGACGACGAAUCUGCUGGCGCGGGGGGGCAGGGCCAGCUCUACACCAUCCUGUUGGUGAACUCAGGACGCCUGGUCUUCCCCGAAUACACCAUCCAACGCCAGGCACCAGUGUUCCGACACAGGGAUGACCUCAUCAGAUAUGAGGUGGCCAUCCGGUGCCUGCAGGAGGUGAGUGCCGCCAUGCAGUCGGGCAGCUGGGAGGACGCCUUGGGCCUCUACACGGUCGCCAAGGCAACCUGGCAGGAGCUGCAGCAGAGUGGGGACCUGAAAUUUGAAGCGGAGAUGCCUGUAUUCCUGCGGUCCUUCACUGUGGGAUGGACCUACACUCGCAUCAUGUCUCGUGGGGUGGAGAUACUGCAGAGGUUACGCCAGUAUGAGGAGGCUGUGGUGGUGCUGAGGUGUCUGUUGGAGCAGCAGGUCUACUGCCUGGACAGCAGGGGGCGCUGGUGGGACCGCUUGGCCCUCAACCUGCAGCAGCACCUCAAACAACACGAACAGGCGAUCGCUGCUAUCCGUGACGGCCUGUCUGACCCCCUGGUCCGCACCGGUCACCAGCUGGCCCUGCAGCAGAGAGCGGCCCGCAUGAAGGAGUCGCCCAGCCUCAAGAAGCUCCGCCUACUCCUCAGAGACCUGCCCAGCACCGACGUCAAGGACGUGCCCCACGUCACCAUCCGGGGUCACAUGCUUCCACACCAGGGGGGAAUGGGGAAGUCUGUGUUCCUGCGGCCAGCCAAUGAGGAAGAGGCAGGAGGAGACGAGGGCGGGGCCACCAUCAUGUGCUCUGUGGAAGACCUCGCACUGGCCCACUACAGAGAGAUGGGCUACGACCAGGGGCUGCAUGGGGAAGGCUCCACGUUCUCCACCCUGUGUGGACUCCUGAUGUGGGACGUCACCUUCAUGGAUGGAGUUGCUGAUGCCUUCAGAUACCCCUACCAGACGGGCCCUCUGGACCUGCACACCGACUGUUUCUAUGGUAACCGCCGUGAGGCGGUGGAGGCGCGGGUGCAGCUGGUGCGAGAGGCGUCCGUGGCGACGCUGGAGGAGCUGCUGGCAGACACCUGGCAACAGCAUCAGGGCAGGGUGUGUGUGCUGGUCAACUGGGAACGCUUCACCUCACUGCAGCAGGCCCAGAGUCUGGUGCGGUGCAUGGGAGGUCCCUUCCUGGCCGAGGUGAUGCUGCGAAUGGCCAAAGACUACAGACACUGCCGAGGAGGACUACCUGAUCUGGUGGUGUGGAACACACACACACACUCCUACAAGCUGGUGGAGGUAAAGGGCCCUAACGACCGCCUGUCCCAGAAGCAGCAGAUCUGGUUGGACGAGCUGCACCGCUGGGGAGCCGACGUGGAGGUGUGUCACGUCACGGCCAUCGGGGGGCGCUGAUGACAUGCUGUGUGUCGUCGUCCCAGACAUGUAUGGAUGUCUAUGGGUGUGUCACGUCAUAGUGGGUGCAUUGCAAUAUGCGGACUCCCUCCUCAGUCUAUGCUUGUGGCCUCGCGUUUCACUGACCACUGACCGCCUCCCUGGAGAAAACAAUGAAGUUUCCCUGCAGUCAGCCUAGCCACAACAACUUUUGGGGGACUGUUCUUCAGUCACCAUCCCGUUUGCAAAUGAGAAAAAGACAUAAGAAUUGAGCUUUUGCGAGAUUAUUGAAAUACAAUUCUGUUGUCAGUGACGUCAUCACGAGGCCAAGAGGAGGCAAGUGAGCAAGGGAGGACGGGAGUCCACAUAUUGGAAUACACCCAGUGACUGUGGGAGCGCAACUGUGGAGGUGGUGGGUCACUCACCUCAUAGCCAGCAGCACAACUGAAGACUGUUCGACUCGGUUUUGUACAACACACCCGGGGUGGGGGUGAGGAUGGGGACAUGAACAUUGUUGCCCUGCCAGAACCCCUAACACCCCCCCGCAGGGUCACUACUCCAAGAGGAGGACUCCACUCCCUCUCACCAUGAACUGCGGGUCACGAUGGACCACUCAUAGUCACAAGCACCACACCCACACACCCCCUUUUAUGCACUACUUGAAGGACUGUGUUGGAGGAGUGUUGUUGAGCUAAUGAAAAGAGCAUUGAGCUGGUGACAAAAAGCUGAAUGCACAACAGACUUGCUUUGUGUCCUGUGUCCUGUGUCCUGCGUGUGUGUGCAUGCGUAGUAUGCUUGUGCAUAUGCAUGUGUGGUUGUGGCUGGAGAGAGAGUGUGUGUGUGUGUGUGUGUGUGUGUGUGUGUGUGUG